UUCUCCCCUCAGCCUCUCUUUCCGUGUUGUUCUCUGCUUAUUGGGACGGGGCUGCCAGCUCGCCUUCCUUCCCUCAUUCCUCCCUCCCUCCCCUUUGCCUGUUUYCUGGUACAAGCCGGGGACCUGGACCCUUCCAGUGUGGAGGCCCUGGAGGCCUUGGGGGAGUUUGCCCGCCUCCUCCUCCUCCUCCUCACAGGCAGUAAACGGAUUCUAAUGGGAGAACCGUUCUGAAAUUCAGGCUGGCUGGCUGGCGGGCUGCCAUUAUGGAUGAGCAGCAAGCUUUGAAUUCAAUCAUGCAGGAUUUGGCUGUCCUUCAUAGGGCAAGUCGCCCUUCUUUGCCUCUACAAGAAACAGGAAAAGCAAAACCAUCUUCGCCAAAAAAGCAGAAUGACAUCCGUGUCAAAUUUGAACAUCGAGGAGAAAAAAGAAUUCUACAGUUUCCUCGACCUAUCAGGCUAGAAGAUCUUGCAUCAAAAGCUAAAGUUGCUUUUGGACAGCCCAUGAAUUUGCAUUACAGCAAUAAUGAGUUGGUGAUCCCAUUAACAACACAAGAUGAUUUGGAAAAAGCCGUAGAGCUCCUUGAUCGAAGCAUUCACAUGAAGAGCCUCAAGAUUUUGCUUGUUACUCAUGGAAACUCACAGAGCAAUUUGGAGCCUCUGCCAUCACUGGAAGAUUUGGAUAAUACGGUUUUCAGAGUUACAGAAAGGAAGAACAGGCUUUCUGUAAUAGGUUAUUAUGGCCGGGACAGAAGCUCUCCUCCACCGGGAUACAUUCCGGAUGAGCUGCACCAAGUGGCACGGAAUGGGUCAUUCACAAGUAUCAACAGUGAGGGCGAAUUCAUUCCAGAAAGCAUGGAUCAAAUGCUGGAUCCAUUAUCACUGAGUAGUCCUGAAAACUCAGGCUCAGGAAGUUGUCCUUCACUCGACAGUCCUUUGGAUGGAGAAAACUGUCCCAAGUCACGGAUGCCAAGAGCCCAGAGCUAUCCCGAUAACCACCAAGAGUUUUCUGAUUAUGACCUCCCAGUAUUUGAGAAAUUUGGGAAAGGUGGAACAUACCCUCGAAGGUAUCAUAUUUCUUACAGCCAUCAAGACUACAGUGAUGGUCGUAAAACUUUUCCGAGGGCUAGAAGGACGCAAGGAAACAUCCUACGCUCUCCAGUUAGUUUCAGCCCAACUGAUCACUCCUUGAGCACAAGCAGUGGGAGCAGCACUUUCACUCCAGAAUAUGAAGAUGGAAGGAUGCGGAGAAGAGGCAGUGACAUAGAGAAUCCUACUUUGACAGUAAUGGAUAUCAGCCCGCCUAGCCGCUCACCACGAGCUCCAACUAACUGGAGACUUGGGAAAUUGCUGGGCCAGGGUGCAUUUGGUAGAGUUUAUCUGUGCUAUGAUGCAGACACAGGACGAGAGCUGGCUGUUAAACAAGUUCAGUUUGAUCCUGACAGCCCAGAAACCAGUAAGGAGGUAAAUGCCCUUGAAUGUGAGAUCCAGCUGCUGAAAAAUCUGCUACAUGAAAGAAUUGUCCAGUACUAUGGCUGCCUGAGGGAUCCUCCUGAAAGAACGCUCUCUAUAUUCAUGGAAUAUAUGCCAGGGGGCUCGAUAAAAGAUCAGUUGAAGGCCUACGGUGCACUCACAGAAAAUGUGACUCGGAAGUACACUCGACAGAUUUUGGAGGGAGUUCAUUAUUUGCACAGUAAUAUGAUUGUACACAGAGACAUUAAAGGAGCAAAUAUUCUCCGGGACUCUGCUGGCAAUGUUAAGUUGGGUGAUUUUGGUGCCAGUAAGCGGCUUCAGACAAUUUGCCUGUCUGGUACGGGAAUGAAAUCUGUCACAGGGACGCCAUACUGGAUGAGUCCUGAAGUUAUUAGCGGAGAGGGAUAUGGGAGAAAAGCAGAUAUCUGGAGCGUAGGCUGCACAGUGGUUGAAAUGCUCACAGAGAAACCCCCUUGGGCAGAGUUUGAAGCAAUGGCUGCCAUUUUUAAAAUUGCCACACAGCCAACCAAUCCCCAGCUGCCACCUCAUGUCUCAGACCAUAGUCGGGAUUUUCUAAAGCAGAUAUUUUCUGAGGCUAAGUUGCGACCAUCUGCAGAGGAACUGCUAAGACACACAUUUGCACAUUAUCACUGAUGGCCUGCCUCAACCCAUCUCUCACCUACUGCAUUUAUUUUCUGACUGCACUUUUUUCUUCUUCCUUUUUUUACACAGCGUUGAGAAAAGACAAGGGAGAACUUACUUCUCUUGAUUCUUGUUUUCAUAAAGAUUGUUAAUAAUCUUUCUGCAUAUUUACAAUGCAGAAUUUGUUUCCCAUUUAGGAUUAGGAUCUUUUUGUUUCAAUAAUGUACUGAUGUGGUUCGCAUAAAGCACUUUAGUACAUAUUCAUUCCUUAUUUGAGGGAGAAAAAGCAACUUCUUUUGGACCAUCAGGAAUUGUGUGUAAGGUUUUUAUUUUCCCGUAGCACUGCUGACUUACUCAGGAUGCAGGGAAAACAUACAUGUUGUUAGCAGAUGUAGAAAAACGAAAUAUGUCCAGUUGUUCUUUGUAGUGUGUAGAUAGCAGCCCUGAGGAGUCUUGGUUGUGUUUCAGCUUUGAAAAUGAGUAUUGGAAACAGUCAGCAACUGAAAAUUCAGACUGCUAAGAAACUAUCGGACUCCCACAUCAACUGUAACCAAAUUAGUAGAUUUAUGAUUUUAAAAGAAUAGACAGAUGUGCCCCUUAGUUUAGUAGUUGUAAGGGUCAUGGAGCAAUCAAGUAGGUCUGGUGCAUGAAUGUUCUUGAGCGGAAAUUGUAGAUAAACAGAUUGUUGUAGAUCCUUAUUCCUCUGUAGUUAAGUAACAGUCUACACAUAUACCAUACAGCAAACUAGUUUGGUUAAGAUCCCUGCAUUUGAGGGGUUUCUAGUGGUCAGAGCAAAGAAUUGCCUGCCCUUUUUACUGCCCCAGUUGCCUUGCUUUCUGCCUGAAAUUAUUUCAUGAGACACAUUUUCUUUCCUUAUUAUCACAAUUGUGUUAAAAUUUUAGAGUGUCAAGAAUGCAAGCAGCAUCUAAAAUCUACUAUUUUGAUGCUGAACAGAAUCCUGUGUCUACAAUGGAAACUUGAAUUGUUAGACAAACAGCAUUUGCAAGAUUUGUGUAGCUUGCACCAGUGAGCAUGCAGAAUUUGGCUGUGGACUUCAUCUUAUUAUGAAGCAUAGAAGGUCCCUCCCCAUUCAAAUCGAGAGGGAAAGUAAGCUCAGUAGAAGUCUGCAUAUAGCUCAGUUUUAACACACUGAUGAUGAGAAAAGAACAUAAAAUGAGAUACAGAUCAUAGAAUCAUAGUUGGAAGAGAUCACAAGGGCCAUCCAGCCCAACCCCUUGCAAAUGCAGGAAGACACAGUCAGAGCACUACUGGCAGAUGGCCAUCCAGUUUCUGCUUAAAAGGCUCGAGAGAAAGAAGCUGAACCACUCCCUGAUGUGCUUGUCUUGUCAUUUGGUACCCUGAAAGUGGAGGCUGUGCAGUUUGUAUCUUACCUGACCGAAGUAAUUAAAAAAUCAAAACAAAAAAACAGUUGAGAUAAUUAUCUGAACUGUAUCUACCCACAUUUGUACAUUUGAACAUAAUGAUUGUAGAAUACUUGCAUAUUUUAUAUGCCUUCAGAAAAUUAUAAAUAUCCCCUGAAGGGAAAUAAUUCUAUUUUCCAGUGUCACUAGAUAAUAAAAGUCAUGGAAGGAUCCUGUUUUCUAGAAGCUCAACACUGCUGUUAAAUAUUUCCUAAGGAAAUCCUUGUGGCCUCCUGUAUAAAGUCAUCAAAGGCAAGCCAAUAAUACAGUGAGAUCUGGAAUGGUUUAAAGCUGAGAAGUUGGCCUAUAUUUAAAUAUUUUAACCAUAGUUAAAACAGUACCCAAUGUUCUCAACUCUUUAUAACUGAAGGAAGUGCUGAUUAUUACAGCCAAUGGGAAAUGUGCACAGUAGAGAAGCUGGUAGGAAUAGAAAGCAUCUGAUCAUCUAAAUGAGAUUAAGAGGUCAAAAAAUAUUAAUUACCUCAGCACCAGUUUAUGGUAGUAAGAGCAAUGAAGUUCCAGAAUCAAGUAAAGUUAUUAUAGAAACUCUUGCCAUUUUUCGUAGAACAUGGAUAUGGAGCUUGCCAGACUGAGUGUAUUUUUAAAUAUCUUCAUUUAUAAACUUUGUUUAGAGGAAGCAAGCUUUUGUGCUUGUAGAAGGGAGCAAUUGUCUUUUUGCUGGAGGUAUUGUGAAAUGGCAUGGGUGGAAUUCAGGUGAUGAGUGACUGGCUCUUUUUCAUCUGUUAUAGCUAUCCCAUCUGUUGCCCACAGUAUUUAGUUGUCUACUUCAGAUCUGUGCUCUCCUCUCUUAUGCAUGUUUUCCUCAAGAUUAAAACCCACUUUCCCAGGCAUUUAUAGGAAAAUCUGCAGUCUUACAUAUUCAGCUGAAAUGUCAUUAAGCAGCAACUAUGCAAAUUGUGUAAAGCAUGCAAAUAUGCAUCAUUUGGUUCAGUUAAUUAGUAUAUUAGAUGGAAAUUGAAGUCUCCCUUCCAGCGAAACCAAAUUAUUUGUGUAUGUUUUAUGUUAUGACACAAUUCCUUGCACUGUUUAGUUAAUAUCUAGCAGACAGACAAUCAUUGCAGCCUAAGCAUGCCAGCUGAAGACUUCUUGAAUUGAAAGUGUAAUCUAAAAAAGACAUUUGAGGAGCAUGAAUCACCUGUCUCCUAAAAAUGGGGACUGAUGCAGCAAUCCUAAAUACAUUAAGGAGUAAUGUAUUUCUUUGGUAUAGCACUGGGUUGUGAGAGGUUCUUUUUCAAACUUUUUAAGUCGCAGAACAAAAACUUGAUGGUACUGGAAUGGAAUCACUGGUGGUACUAGCCAUUGCUCUGGAUGUGUAGAGAGCAGUGUAUUUUGGUGCUUUACUUUUGUAAUUUGAUCUCAGAUCAUCUGGAUGGGGUUUUGUCCCAUUUGUCUUUGCCUUUAGAAGACAUGCGCAGCAACAAGAAUUUAAAGUGAGAUGGGAGAGCAAACUUGAUGUAGAGUUAGUUGCAGGAAUCAUUUCUAAGAAGUGGGGCAGAAAAAAAAGAAUCCUUAAAAUCUUAAGAGGCAUACUUUCAGGAGUUUGGAUCUGCCUUAACCUGUUUACUGCCAACAGGUCCCCAUCUGCCAAUAUCAGUUCUAUUAUGUUGGUAUUUAGACUAGAGGGUGGAUGUGAUUAUAUCUUCCUUUCCCCCUUGUUCAGGGUAGCAGUGCAAUUUUACACAAAAGUAUAAGUGCCCAUCUUGAGAGAUCUCAGAGGAAAGACUGGACAAAAUGCUGAAAAUUACUUGCUUCUGAAAUAUGCGGAGAAUGAGACUAAAACAUGGGGAACUCUUAAACUUUAAAUUUUAAGCAGUUCGAAGAAUCCUUCAAAUGUUAGUGUUAUCCAUAGGGUACAUGUACAACAGGGCUUGUUGUGUGAAAGGGUGAAAAGGUUAUUUAUCAGAGUAUGAGGAGGUAUGUAGAACAAGAAAUCUAAGAAUGGGACAAUACCUCAUACUAGUCAUUUAGAAAAAAAUAUGCAAACUUUCACAGCUUCAGGCAUUCAGAGGUCACAGAAAACUUAAGCAGAAGUUAUUUUGUGACUGUGGUUUUUGGAUAUCUGAAUAACUUUAUAAUGUUGUAGAGCAAAACAAGUAGGUACGUACCUCUGGCAGACUAGCUACGAAUUCUGCCAACGUUGUGUAUUCUAAAUCAGAUGUGAAAAAUGCCUUAUGAGUUUUGGUUAUAUUGUUUACUUUGCUGCAUAAUUUUAUUAGGAAGAUCAUUUUUGGUAUCCCUAAAUUGUAUUACGCCUGUCUAUAACUGAAUUAAUAUGCAGACAGUCCCCAAGUUACAAACAAGAUAGGUUCUGUAGGUUUGUCCUUAAGCUGAAUUUGUAUGUCAGUCAGAACAGGUACAUUUUUAAGUAACUCUUCAGAAGAUUUCACUGUACUUUUUGCCCCUGUGGUAAUUGAAUUUUUAAAAAAAUUGGCUUGUUUUGGAAACAAGGAUUGGUGAGAAAGCUUCAGUUGAGACCUCUUUCUUCCAUGAUAACCAUUUCAGGAGUAGAUUUCCCUUCUUGGGAGGUAGAUUUCUCUCCCUUUCUGUUAUCUCAUCCCUAUUCUUAACUAUGAGUCAUUUGUAAGUCAAAUGUUUGUAACUCGGGUACUGCCUGUGCUGAACUUAAGCUCCCCAUUUUCUUUCCUCUAAAGAGUCAACAGACUCAACAGAGGGCCAAAGAAUGGAAAUGCUUCUUCAUUGUACUCUGAAUACAUGUGCAUAAAACAUGCAGAGGCGCCUGUAAUUUCAACAAGGAUACUUUAUUUACCAAAAAGUGUGAAAAUGGACUUUAAAGAGAAUGUAAGUGCAAAAUACUGAUCAAAAGAAACUAUUUGAAGCUUGACAACAUUCAGAUUCGGUCAUGAUUCACUCAGAUUGCUGCAUGCAGCUUCUUCCUCUAAACCAGGCAUGGGCAAGCUUUGACCCUCCAGGUGUUUUGGACUCCCACUGUUAGAAAUUGUGGGAGUUGAAGUCCAAAACACCUGAAGGACCAAAGUUUGCCCAGGCCUGCUCUAAACUGUAGUGCCAUUUUUCUUACUGUGGCCGGGAAAGGGGCCAGGGACUAGCAGAGUAAGGUGAUUGCAUUUUGUGCCUUUUUUUUUUUUCAGUACUGCAUUUUUUUCUCAACAAUGGCAGUAUAAAAACAGGUGCCAAAAUUAUGGAGUUGCAGCCUCUUAGCUACAACCUCUAAUCUAAUGGCAUGCAGGUUGUGUGAGUACUAUGAUAUACCCAGCUUCUAACCUCUUCCAGUUUGCCCCAGGCAGCAAUAUGGGUGGGUUGACAGUACUUUUAAUUGCUUUAAUAAUGUGCACAUUUUAGAUCCAGUACCUGUGUGAUCUUCUCAUUGAAGCGCCAAACCAAAAAGCACAUAAUUGGCAGCAAGCCUAGCAACAACCAUUUUCUUUACAUCUAAGCCUUUGCUAAACAGUACAGACACGAGCUUACCUUAUAAUCUUCUGGGUACCUAUAUCAGGAGGUAACUUACAAGUAAUGAAUAGUUUCAUUAGGAGCAAAAGUAAAAUGGUGAUCCUUCAGAACAAUGCAUAUUGGCAAUGUUAUGAGUCUGUCUGCUCAUUUUUAAUUGUGCCCUGUUUUGUAUGGGCACUUGCUCCGUAACACUUUCUAGGAUUCCAAGAAUAUAAAGAAAUUUGAGAUAAUCUUUGGCUAUUUUUAUGAUCAAAAUCAUGAGAACUUGACAUAAUUAUUAAGAGCAAUUAUGAGAAAAUGGUUUGGGAACCAAUUGUGAUAAUUAAUUUUAAAAUGUAUAAAGGAGAGGCUAUCCAAUCAUAUAAGGUGUGCCUGCAGAAAUCUGAAUCAGUAAUGCAAAUUAAAAAGGAGGAAAGAA